ACCGAAACAGUGCUCCGUACUCUACGAGAAGUCUAUCAAAUAGGCAACCGUUGCCCUCCUUCGCAUCAACAAACCCUGCAGUCCAAGCAAAUCAACCACUGUCUUACACUCCAUCAUUGCUACCACCGUCAACCAACAAUCUUUCAGUUGUGCAAAGCGACAGACCGAGACGGGACUCGUUAGAAGGAUGGGAAGACUAGUCAUGAUCAAGAAUCCUCGAAGUUUCAAAGAAGUUAUCUAAUCGCCACGUCACUUUGUAACCGUCACGUGCCGAGUUGUAUGGAAGAUGAAAGAACAUGUUUGCAAUGAAAGUCACUCCUCAUUUGGAUUUGGUGCUAUUCAUUUUAAAAACAUGUUAUGAAAACAGUCGAACAAUGACUUUCGUUCAAGUCCUGUAUGUCUGCCGACUUUUUUGUCGGUUCGCUUACAAUAUUAGUUAGAUGUAGAUAUAUUUUUGGGGCAGUGUUUCAAUGCCUAAAUUUCUGUUUAAAUUUGCUACACUGACUUUACUCGUCUCCUUUCUGCAAAUGUCUGUUUAAAUUUGAUUUUAAUUAUCUAACAAUGCUAUUCUGGUUACUCGUAUGAACAUGCAACUGCGGAGAAAAGAUUAGCACUUAAAGUCUUGUUCGAUUUUGCACAUUUUCUUGUUGGCAAUUGAGAUUAAAUUUAAUUGAAUCUGUACCAUGUACAACCUAAUGUGUGUCUAAAAGUCAUGAGUCAUGAAUGCAAAUUACGACUUGGUUUGAUAAGGACCUAAUUCAAUCCCAUUCAUUUUCAACUUUGUUUAUAUCAAAUAUCAGUUGUCGUUUGUUUGAUAAGAAUAGUUCAUUUAUGGUUUAUUCAUAAUUUUCAAAAUGUGCUAUUGACAUCUAUUAUUUAAACGGAAACCCACAAAGGGCGAGAAAAUCUGCUCAAAUAAAAGCGAGGGUUUUUGAAGUUCGACCAUGUCGGAUUUCAGAUUAGUUUAGAUGCCAGCGCCAGGCGCAGUAGAAGCCGAUCAUUGUCAUACGAACUUAUCGUCUAACCCUGAAGCCGAUUGGAGCCAACGGAGCGAAAAUUCAGUAUUUGAAUUAAGUAACUCGAACAGUAUGAGUUCGAGUAGUCAACAGCAAUCUAGUUCUUUAACUGCCUCGGUCAGGCCGAUGAGCGACGAAGCUGCUCAAGAGUCGGAAAUGAGACGAGCAACUGCCACGACUCAGGAACAAACCCAGCAGACCCAAACAGCAUCUCAGGCAACUGUAAUCCCAAUUGUAACUUCAUCCUCGUCCUCGAAUAGAAACAGGCAAAGUGGAACUGCGAGUGGAAGACGGAUAAAUGCCGCAACCAAUAGAGAACGAACGGUGGAUCCUAAUAGUGAGAUCAUAGACAUGUCGAUGGAGAUAAUCCUCAAUUUGACUACUUGUGGCAUAUGUCUCGACAUCUUCCGAGACCCGAAAAGUCUGCCUUGUCUUCACUCAUUCUGCAAACGAUGUCUGAUGACGCUGACUCAGAAUGACAACACUUUACCGUUUCCAUGCCCUACUUGUCGUAGACUGUGUGGCAGCACCGUGUCAACCCUUCCCGAUGACUUCAAGUCGAAGAUACUAGUUGACACAGUGCGACAGCGAGAGAGCAAUCGCGGCGGGCGAGUAGGAGGAGGGGUGGUCAUACACCCGGAGAGUGCCGCAACACAGUCUAGGCAACCAGUUCUGUGCCAAGCUCACGGAAGCAGAAGGUGUGAGUUUUUUUGCGAGGAGUGCAACAUCCCUAUUUGUGUGAGAUGCACGAACGCAGAACACGUGGAUCACUGCUACAUAGACGUGUUCGAGGACGCCCACGUCUUGAUUGACGAUUUGGAUUAUAUCGUGGAAAAUGUGAAGCGAGACGUCCAGAGACUAGAAGAGAACAAUACUGAUAUUGAAAUUAUGAUGUGCGAGUUCAGCUAUUUAAUGGACGAGCGCGUGAAGAAACUGAAGAAAAUGGUGGAUCAAACUGCGAGUCAAGUAAAAGCGGGCUAUUCACAGGAACUUCUCAGUGCACAAACAGAUGUCCGCCGUCAGACUAUAAUGCACUUGAGCUUUAUCCAAAAAACAAACGAUUAUCUUAACUCGCUCAAAGAGUCAGUUCGCGAUUGUGCAAUGUUCGAGAUAUAUGCAGAUGCCAAGAUGCAUCUAACGAGUAGUAACACUCGUACUCCCAAUUUCUUGCUUCAGAGACCAGCGAAAUUUGAGUUCGCCCCUUGUGUCGAGUACCAAGUAAUGUCGGCCUUAACCCAGUUCUUCGGACAGCCUGGGAGUGUGCCCGAACCUCCAAAUGUCAUGAAUCAACUGUGUCUAAGUUCAACACCUUCGCCCAAUGGAACGGGAUCGAACAGUCUCCACCCACCUGGACUUUCGCCCACUCCUGAAACGAGCAGCAGCAGAGAUUACUUGCUGUCAACGUCAGCUACAGGAGCACAUGGUGCUAUUGGAGGUGCUAGAAGGAAACGCCAGUACAACCCUCCUGCAGUUGGUCAGCGUCGAAAUAGCCCUGCCGUCGAGGCACUCUUUUCUUCUGCUGCAAACGCCUCCUCAUCAUCGUCACCUCUUCACUUUCCGGAAGCAUUCGUUGCUUCGUCCUCCAGUCAAAGUGAUUUUGCUGCUGGAAGUAAUCAAGAGUCAGCUUCAGGCGUGUCAAUUCUGAGAUCUAUUCUACCUCAAACUGCGAUCACUGUCACCUCAUCUGAAGAUGCCGCCAACCGGAGCACCGCCGUUACUCACCCCCUGACUCCAUUUUUUAUGGCGUCUUUCCGAAGCUACAAUCAAAAUAAUGCUGCAGCAUCGAGUCCCGCUGAUGUUCAUUCGGCUGCCAGCACAAAUGAUGUCCAAGUACCGUUGAUCGACCUAGUUUCGAGCAACCGAAACUUGCAAAUUAGUCGACAGUCCCAAGUUCAAGGAGCGAGAGUUAUGGAGCCUCAAGACGUGCAGCAAUUCUUCCAAAGCCUUUUGGGAACUGAAUCGAGACAGACUUCACAGGAAUCGGUUCUCGGUACAGGAUCCGAGGUGAGUAGUGAUGUUAGCGAGCAACAGCGGAGUAACCACCAGGCUCCCAACGCCGAAUCGGGAGAGAUACUGACUUUGUUUCCAGAAAUGUCUGUUUCGGCAUUUCCUGGAGAUCAGACUGCAAAUGAGAGCUCAAGUGAGGAAGAAGAAGAGACCCCUGAAUCGCAGAGAGGAAGCGCAGAUAUCGCGGAGGAAACUCUUUGAAGGAGUCUUAAUACUUUUUAAUCAAAACAUUCAAUGUCUUUUUUCUGAUAAUAUCAUAGCAGAUCUAGUCAACAAUUCGUAUGUUACCAGAACAACUGCGAAACUAUAACAAGUAGAGUUUGUAAUGCCAAACCUGUGCAACUCUUUGAUUAUAUAAUCAAAACUGAACAUUG